GCUGGUGCGUACGCGCGGAAACUAUGCUGUCGCCGGCUGCUUUUGAGUGUGCUGCGUCCUGUCACCAGCCAGUGCGCAGGCGCGUCCCGGUGUCGCCGCUGCUCCUCACUGACUGACUGCACAGUGUCGUCAAGCGCCGCUCGGAUCAGCGCGGUUCGGCGGAGCGAUCAGCCCCUUCGCGGGAGGGGUCCGGCGCCGGGCAGCACCACCCCCGCCCUGUGCCCCGGGCCUAGAGCCGGCCGGCCUCGUGCCACGUGUCCCCUCCGAGAGGCUUCUGUCCCCGCUGUGUGGGCCAGCGCUGACCCCGUCCCCGUCCCGCUGAGAGGACGCAGGGCCGCCAGGCCGUGUGAGGCCCAGGGCGGCCCGUGCGUAGGCUGAGGAGCUAGCGCCUGUCCCGAGUGCGGGGCGCCGUGCUAUCCCCGUUUCCCGGUGAGAUCAGAGAGGGGCAGGCCGGGCAGCGGCAGGAUGAAGCUGGUGAGGAAGGACAUCGAGAAGGAUAACGCGGGGCAGGUGACCCUGAUCCCCGAGGAUCCCGAGGACAUAUGGCACACCUACAAUCUGCUGCAGGUGGGCGACAGCCUGCGGGCAUCCACCAUCCGCAAGGUGCAGACCGAGUCUGCCACGGGCAGCGUGGGCAGCAACCGCAUCCGCACCACCCUCACUCUCUGCGUGGAGACCAUCGACUUCGACUCGCAGGCCUGCCAGCUGCGGGUCAAGGGGACCAACAUCCAGGAGAAUGAGUACGUCAAGAUGGGAGCCUACCACACCAUCGAGCUGGAGCCCAAUCGCCAGUUCACGCUAGCCAAGAAGCAGUGGGACAGUGUGGUGCUGGAGCGCAUUGAGCAGGCCUGCGACCCAAGCUGGAGCGCUGACGUGGCAGCUGUGGUCAUGCAGGAGGGGCUGGCUCAUAUCUGUCUUGUUACCCCCAGCAUGACACUGACCCGGGCUAAGAUUGAAGUGAACAUCCCCAGAAAACGAAAGGGUAAUUGCAGUCAACAUGACCGAGCACUGGAGAGAUUCUAUGAGCAGGUGGUGCAGGCAAUCCAGCGUCAUAUCAACUUUGAGAUUGUGAAAUGUGUUCUGGUGGCCAGCCCGGGGUUCGUAAGAGAACAAUUCUGUGACUACAUGUUCCAGCAGGCAGUCAAGACUGACAACAAGCUGCUGCUAGAGAACCGGUCCAAAUUCCUUCAGGUCCACUCCUCCUCGGGACAUAAAUAUGCGCUGAAGGAAGCUCUUUGUGACCCAGCUGUGGCCAGCCGUCUCUCUGACACCAAAGCAGCUGGUGAGGUCAAAGCCUUGGAUGACUUCUACAAGAUGCUGCAACAUGAGCCUGACCGUGCUUUUUAUGGCCUCAAACAUGUGGAAAAAGCCAAUGAGGCCAUGGCCAUUGAUACCCUGUUGAUCAGUGAUGAGCUCUUCAGGCACCAGGAUGUGGCUUCUCGCAGCCGAUAUGUGCGGCUGGUAGAUAGUGUGCGGGAGAACAUGGGCACAGUGCGCAUAUUCUCCAGCCUCCAUGUGUCUGGGGAGCAGCUUGGCCAGCUGACAGGGGUAGCAGCUAUCCUGCGUUUCCCUGUUUCUGAGCUCUCUGACCAAGAGGAGGAAUCCAGUUCUGAAGAGGAUUGAUGAUGAUAGCUCACUCCACCCUUCCCUCAUAGCAUAAUAAGACUAAAAUGACAGUCAUGGCACUUCCUUUCCAAAUACUGCAAGCAGAUGUGCCAUGGCAUGCAAUUUAACUUUUUGAGGACAAUAUUUUUUAAGGUGUCUGGUUUUGUUCAACACACUCUACUGGAUAGUCAUAUAUAUUUGCACUUGCUGUGGUGAUGAUGAUGAUGAUGGGUAUACUAUAGGUUGGGGUUGACCAUUGUUUGUACAAACUACACUCUGGAUCUCCAAGAGCACAACAAACUAAUAUAAAAUUCUCUAAUUUGGUUCCUGAAAGCUGCUGAUUAGGUAUUUUAAAGCAGAUGAGUUUCUUUGCCUUUUGGUGAAUGUACAAAAAAGGAUAAUAAAUUAAGAGGGGGAAAAAACACUAAAAUGUCACAUUUCCUGUUUUAAGUUAUGUGCUUGCAAACAAUACUACAAAGUAUGGGAAGCAACGUGUUAGGUUAUUAUAUUUAUUAUUAUAAAGAAUACCUAUACUUUUCAAUCAGCUAUCCAAGGCUUGCCCAUCUGAAAGGGCUAUGUUGACAACUAAGUCAGGAACCCAGGGGCCAUACCUUACUGAUGUAAAAAGGAGUAGAUUGUAGUAGGGAUGGGAAGAAUACUAGAUGUGGAUCUGUCUUCGUCAUGAGUCCAGCCAUUUGACUGAAUUUGGCAAUAUUUAAUACUGUUCUAUCAGAAAUGGAAACUAAAAAAAAAACUGAAUUGACAAUAUCUCUUUAGACAUGACGGAAACUGCAGGUCAAGGUGUGAAGCUGUAUGUGCCAUGCUUUUAACAUUUCUUUAAAUGCACUACUUCAGAUCCCUAUCAUGUGAGCUCCAGAAAGUUGUGCUCUGUGCUGGUUUAUAUGCUAUUAAUUAAAGCUGGAGCGUCUGAUUUAUUGUUUUCUAAUGAAUCAGCAUUGGGAUCAUUUGGACCUCACGCUGCAAACCCUUACUUGCAUGAGUAAGGUUUGCAGAAUUAAGUCCAUAGCUUCCCCAGGAAUCCUUUUGGCAAUAGAUAAAUGGCUUGCAUUACAAUCUCACAAUCUGUUGUUCUCACGUAGAUGUUUUUAAAAACAGGUAUGUAUAAAACAUUAUCUUUUGGAAAUAAAAGAUCUAAUUAGAGGCAGGACUUUGACCUUUUUGAAGGUAGUGAUGGUUGGAAAAAGUUAACUUUGUUAUUUCCCAAUUUUAUUUAACCUAUUUAUCUAUAUUUAUUAAAGGUGCUCAGAAUUGAGGUGAUCAAACAGUAAUUCAGUAUUUCCUGGAGUUUAUAGUUUGGAAAAAAAGUUUAGCGGAGGGGAAAGGGAGGGAAUCUUCAGAAUCUGAAACCCAAUUAAGGAGGGGUUUUUGGGGGGGCUUUCAAGAGUAAUAGUGUAAUUUUUACAUACAAAUAAUACUCAGUUGUCAGGCAAGGCAUGGCCCCAAAUUUUUUUUUUGUUUGUUUUUGUUCUUGUUCUUUAAAUAUAACUGUUAGAACUCAACUUAUGGGCAGCCCUUUAAUUAUAACUUGAAUUAACUGCAGUGAGUUGCUGUGGUCCACUUCGGAUAUCUGAUUAUAGGAAUCUUGGCCUUAGAGCCCAAUCAUGCAACGUCUUGAACACCCUCAACUCCUAUUGAACAUUUAUCUAUUUGAGGAAUUAUAAGUAAUCACUGAAUUUUUCUCUAACAAUUAGCACUAUUUGACUUAAAAAAAAAAAAAAAAAGGACAUUCUUGUUGAAAGGCUGUAGCUUUAUUGGGCAAGAUCCUGAGCCACUAGCAAGGGUUGGAGUGCCCUCAGCUUACAUUAAAGUCAAUGUGAUUUGACAGAUACUCAGCACAUGGCAGAACCAAGUUGCAAUAAAUAGUCUUAAAUCUGACAAGUUAGUUUUAUAGCACUAAAUGGUUUCACUGUGUCUAAAUACUGCAUAAGUAUUUUCUCCCUUGAGAUAGCUAUAUUAGGCCUGUAUGUUGGUAAGCAAACAUCAGUGGUCGUUAUUAAAUAUUGCAAUAAUCUUCAGGAUAACGCUGUUUAUAAUUAAGACCAGACUACAGUACUGAACUUGUAUUUAGCAUGGAUAGCAAAUUAAAAACCUUUAAUUUGGUUGGAUUAAAAUAUCUUUACAUUGGUAUAAUUUGUUGAAUUAUGCUAUCCCAGAUUGUGGGACUGAAGGGCUUGCUGGUUGUUUGUGUCUUGAGUGGAAAAAAUGAGUUCAUUUAAAAAACGUUCAGUGGUACUACUUUUUUUUAGCCUUUUGUAGUACAUGAAAGGUACAAAGUCAAAAUACUGUAAUUCCACAGUUCUACACUAUGUGGCUCUAAGUAUGACAGCAUGUACUGCAUUGUCAAAUACAGCUCUCCAAAAAAUUGAUAUAUUGGUUAGCUGUAUUUAUUUGAAAAGGUAUAAUUCUCAGAAGUGAAAGAACUUAUUUUUGCAGUUCAGUAACACUUGAUUUAUAAUGAUUUUGUUUCUCUGCAGUAUUUCCGUUUAAGUUUAGAAUUGGGAGUUCUGCAGUGAAUGAAAUUUGUAAAAUACAGAUUUUUCUUUUAACUAUUAUUGCAGUGCCGCUAGUUUACUGGAAGAAAUAUAUACUUCCAGAAAACAAGACACCUGGAAAUUUGUUCAUAAACACUUUUGUAGUGGAAUCAAACUCAUAAAUGAUACACAAGUAACAGGUAGAAAAAUGCAUCAGAUUUCAGGAAAAAGGGAUGAAAUCAUCCUCCAGGUAGAUACAGUAAUGCAGACUCCUUACACUUGGCAGAGUUCCAUUGAUGCUGAUAACUUUGUAGUUAGAGGUAUUUGCCAAAGGGUCCUUUCCAUACUGGCACGUGUACUUGCAAAGUUAAGUCCUUAAACUUAUAUAAACCAUAUACAGGGAUACUUCACCAGUAGAAGUCAGCAAGUGUUAAACAACACAGCAGUAUUACACUACAACUUAGGACAGGAAAUGAGUACCUUUUCUAACCAAAACUGCAAUGGAAGUAGAGAUCCCUGCACUGGGAUUGGGCCAGAACAUGGAGGGCCCCACCCUUAAAUUUAUGCCUUUGGGUUUUCAGCAAUCACAAAGAGGACCUCAGUAUUGCCUUUCUGAAAGAAGGAUGAGAAGUAUAGACUUAUAUUAACUCUAUAUAAUAUGGUUUAUGCUGUGGUUACCUUAUUGAUCACCCCUUCACCCCAGAUCUGAGACUGUGAAGUAUAUGGGACUUAACAUAGAAAGAGGAGUCCGCUCUAGCAUAUCUGCUUGUAGGAUUGGAAUGUUGUGACCUGGCCUAUGCUUAACAUUAAGAGUAUCAGUAGUCCUGUUUAUUUUGAUCCAGCAACCCCUGUUCCUGGACUGAAUAAUUCACUUGGGAAAAACCACUGCUGCUCUCAACAUGUAAGUGUUCUGGGAUUUUCAGUAUGAAAUUUACUAUAAAAAUAGAAUAUGAUCAGCAACUAAAAAAUAAAUCCACUGGAUUAUAUAUCUUAUUUUAUUUGCUUUGUAACAGCUUUUUUAGAGAAGAACAUGAUUAACACAGGCAAUCAUUUAUCUUUUUAUUUGGCAUUGAGCAGUUUUUUUCUCAUUCAGGCCACUCAAAUAAAAUGCUAUUAAUUAUAGACACAUAAAGGUUAUUUUACUAAACUUAAAACAAAUUUAUAGAGCAGUAUUACUCAGACCUCAGUGGUUCAGGAGCCAAGUUAGCAAUCAACAUUACCCAAAAGUGCCACAGUAGUGUGAAUUCUUUAUAUGUGUAAUACACACACACACACACUCUUACAGUAAAAUGAGUAAGUAUUAUUUUAUCAACCACAAUUGGUUAAUAACAUAGUAAAAGCAUCCUGACUGCUUAAUAACUUAGACUGGUUAAUAAUUAAAUCACAUGUUUUAAUGUGUCUCCUGCUGCUCUUUGCAACACACAUUAAAGAGCCACUUGCAACUCUUGAGCCUCAGUCUGAACCCUCUAAUUUGAAACAUCCAUUUAAAAUGCAGACACUAAAUCUGGAUGCAGUGGUAGUGGACUCAGGGAUUCAUGAUAGUGAGCCUUGAAAUGUAAAACUUGAUUUUUAAGUUCCUUUUGUUACAGCAACACUAGUUAAAUAGAAACUAUGUAAUGAUAUUAAGGAUUAUAUUUUAUUGUUGUAUCCUUGGGUCUGAAACCCUCCAAAAAAACCUUAAGUACUAGGUUUGGAGCAGAACAGAAUAGUACCAACUCCACUUAUUUUUAACUGUUGAAAAUAUAGAUGGACAAACAAAUUUUUUCUUUGUUACUUAGCAUAUAUUUGACAUUUUGUUCUGUUUACUUUGAACUAUACAUAAUGAAAAUGUAACCUACUUAUAAAAAGUGAACAUAUAUAUGUAGGCUUUUAAUGUUCAUUUUUGAAUUAGCUCAGCUAGACCACUGUUUACAUAACUAAAGUUUUCAUAUUCCUAGCUAUGCUUUCUUAAACAGAAAUGGCACAAGUUACCUCAUUUUUAGAAGGAAAAAUAUGUCAAGUGUCAAAUAGCAAAAAGGUUUAUGCUACUGUUCAUCUUAUCCCCAGUCUGUCAUCUGCAAAGCAUGGUCUGUUUCUUAUACACAAGAUCUCUGAAAGUAAUUUUCAAAACAGUGAAAUUCUUGAAGAGGGCCAACAAUUUAUGGAAAUGCUUACUGAGAAAUCUGAGUUACUUUGAGGAUGUAGUAUCAAAAACAUAAGGGAAAGAUUUAGAAAUAUGCAGUUUUCAUACUUUUGAAAUAGAUUCAAACAAGCAUGAAUUUGGAAGGUCAUUUUUAUAUAAAGAUCUCUAAAGAUAAAGAAACAUUUUAUUGUGUAAUAAAGUGAAUAUUUUGAGGUGUGCAAUUUAGAUAAUAGUGAAUUUUUUCUGAGAGGGAAUGACUUCAGGAUAAUUGAUUCCACAGCACCGUAAUUAUCUGAUUACUUCCCCAGCUUGUAGGAGAAGAUUGUCAUAUUCAAAUGUUGUGUAGAAAAGUAACUUUAUUAAAACCUAUAGAACUGUUAACAUGGAAA